AUGUCGUCUCGAACUUUAGCGUCUUUCGCUUCAAAACAGGAGAAUUUGGAGCUGUUGGCCGAGGGAAAGACCAAGCAGAUUUAUGGUAUCAAGGGGGAGAAGGACUACGUGCUCAUCCGUUCCAAGGAUAGCCUCACCGCGUUCAAUGCUGAACGUAAAAAUGAGCUCGAGGGAAAAUCGAAAAUUGCAUCAAAAACCACUGUCAACGUGUUCGAGUACCUCCAACUCCUCGGACUCCCAACCCAUUUUGAACAAUCGAUAUCUGAUACUGAGUUCAUCGCAAGAAAAUGUACAAUGAUACCGAUUGAAUGGGUUGCCAGACGAGUGGCCACCGGAUCUUUCUUGAAAAGAAACCCCGGAGUCAAAGAGGGAUUCAGAUUCAAUGAGCUGAAGCUCGAGACAUUUUUCAAAGACGACGCAAACGAUGAUCCACAAUGGACAGAUGAGCAAAUUGUGUCGAAUGGAUUGAUGAUUGAUCAUUUGAAAAUUGGAAGAGACGAGAUUUCUCUCAUGAAAAAAAUGACAAAAUUGGUGUUUAGAGCAUUGGAAAAGGCGUGGGCUUUGGAGAAUAGUGCGUUGAUUGAUAUGAAGAUCGAAUUCGGAGUGACAGUCGAGGGAGAGAUUCUUCUCGCUGACGUCAUCGACAAUGACUCCUGGAGAGUGUGGCCAGAGAAUGAUAGACGUCUUCAGUUGGAUAAGCAGGUCUAUCGGGAUAUGAAGGAAGUGACGGCGGAGGGGUUGCAGUUGGUUUUGAAGAAUUAUACAAAGGUCAUGGAAAUCACGUCCACCUUCUCGAAACCACGCCAGUCAUGUCAUGUCCUCGUCAUCAUGGGAUCCGGUUCCGACGGUGUCUUCGCCAGAAAAAUUUCCGACGCCGCAAACAACUUCGGCCUCGAAGCCACCCUUAAAGUCAGCUCCGCUCACAAAACCACCUCAGACACAUUGGAAGUGUUGGCGGAAUUCGAGGAUAGUGGAGUGCCUACUGUAGUGAUUGCAGUGGCUGGUAGAUCAAACGGACUGGGACCAGUGAUCGCUGGAAACUCGUCACUGCCGGUGAUCAACUGUCCACCCCCCAGUGAAUCGUUGAGUCUUGAUAUCUGGUCGUCGCUCCGUAUGCCAAAUGGAAUCGGGUGUACUACUGUAUUGGACCCGUCGGAGGCUGCUCUCGCCGCUGCGAAGAUCUUGGCGAGCCAUAAUCAUAUUGUGUUCGGAAAAGUGCUCACCGCGCAGCUACAGAAUCAGAUAAAUAUCUAUAAUGCUAAUCGCAAAUUGGAAUAA